AUGUUAGAUGUCAUCCAAGAAAAGUUGGGAGAGUGGUUUUACGAACGGAGAAAAAAAGCAAAUGAAACUUUUCACAGGGUAUCAAUAUGGGCAGAAGAAGAGAUGACUAAGAAGAUGGACUUGUCUUGCAAAAUGUUUGUGUUCAACCGUGAUUCAAUUUUGUUUAGAAUAAAUAGUGAAGGAAUCGAAUUCAUUGUGGACUUAAAGAAGAGAACUUGUGACUGCUCGGAAUUCCAACUUGAUGAAUUGCCCUGUCCACAUGCAAUUGUUGCUAUUAAUAAGAUAUAUUUGCAGAAAUCUGAUUACUGCUCAAAUUGGUAUUCAAAGGAAACAUGGUUGAAAACAUAUGAAGGACAUGUGAAUACCGUGGGAGAUCAAAAAUCAUGGGAUAUUCCACAAAAUGUAGAAUCUGAGAUCACAAAACCACCCGAUGUAGAGAUUUUACAAGGAAGAAGACUGAUGUUUUAA